AGACCAACACCACCUCAUGCCAACGCCUGCAUCCAAUUCUUGCUGAUUGUCUGAAGGAGUCCCAGGAGAUACUGUAUUCUACUUACCGCUUCCAAGAGCCAUGCCAUUGACACGUUCCUCCGAUCCCCUGGUGUGGAUUGAUUGCGAGGUGCGGCAUUCCUGUGCUUCUACCCCUCUACCAGCUACCAGCCGCGACUGACGAACUCCAAACAUUUCGAUCGGCGUGUAGAUGACCGGCCUUGACCCGGACACCGACCAGAUUCUCCAAAUCUGCUGCUUCAUCACCGAUGCCAACCUCAACCUCCUCGAACCCCAGGGCUUCGAAACCGUCAUCCACCACCCGACCUCAGUCCUAGAAAACAUGAACGCAUGGUGCAUCGAGACCCACGGUCGCACAGGGCUGACGGCGGCCGUGCAGGCCUCGACCACCACCGCGGAGGAGGCUGCGACGGCUCUUUUGGCCUAUAUCCAGAAAUACGUGCCACAGCCCCGGCGAGGACUGCUGGCGGGGAACAGUGUCCACGCCGACAAGGCGUUUCUGGCUAAGGGACCAUACCAGGCGGUGCUAGAAUGGCUACACUAUCGGAUCGUGGACGUGAGUGCACUCAAGGAAAUGGUACGACGGUGGGGUUCAGACGAGCUACUAGAGUCCGUGCCAGGGAAGAAGGAGGUCCAUCUUGCCCGGGACGAUAUUCUGGAAAGCAUCGAGGAGAUGCGAUUCUACCGGGGGCAACUGUUCGGAUUGUAGCCGAAUAUGUCUGAGCGAGGGAACGGACCCGGGAAGCUCUUCCCACAAAAGAUCCCAACGUACACGAAAGCAUAGAGAGGGGUAGACCCCAAUUACAAUGUAGACAGCUGGAUGGAUGCCCAAUGGAUCCGGGAUUGCAGCAAGAAUGGCCGGUUUUUUCCAGGCAUCUGCAGCUCGAGUGUCGUAGUGUACAGUGUAUCGCGAUGGGGGGAUCGAAUGAAGCUCUGGCCUGAAGUCAUCAUGCU